AUGCCGGAGUUCGCGUUUCUUGAUCAACAUAAUAGACAGUUACGAUCAAACUACGACGGCGGCGGUGGCGGUGGCGGUGGCGGUAGAGGUGGUAGAGGUGUUAGUCCUGACUCUGUGAUACACUCCGUCGAGUCGAGUCUCAGUCUCUUCUCUUCUUUGGCUUCCGCUUAUGCUAGCAUUGAGCGUUGUUCAUCUACCUCCGAUGUCCUUGAUCACGAAUCGUUCGUCUCCGAUAUGUCUCUGCCAGGAGGCUUCCGUGGUUCUUCCUCAGCGAGGAGUUCAGAUCCAGAUCCAAACAAGAAUUCCAAAGUACAUGACAAUGGAGGUCCCUACCUGAUAGGAAAAAGGGUGGAAAAAGCACAAGCUAUAAAAGAAUACAUCGAUGCAGAAACUGAUGGAGAAAACCAGUCUCUAUAUUCAGCAAGAAGCUCCUUCUCUCACACUACAAAAGAAUGCCAAAACCGGAAGUCAAAAACUGAAAUUCUACAAAGGAAGCCAGACAGAAGAAGACCUGCAUCUUUGGAUCUGAACAAUCAGACGAUGAAUACCAGUAGCUCUUCACCAAGAUUAGGAGAGACGAUGAAAACCUCUAUUUCAGCCAACAGAAAUGGCAUGUUUCCAAGCCCAGGAACACCUAAUUAUCCUGCAAGAACUGGUUUCCAGAAUGGUUGGAGCUCAGAACGCGUGGCUUCACAUACAAGAGGUAACCGGAUACACUCAAGCUUCUCAUUGAUGCCAUACAACAAUGGAAGGACACUUCCUUCAAAAUGGGAAGACGCAGAGAGGUGGAUAAUAAGUCCCAUCGCUUUAAAGCCUUCUGUUCAACAGCCACAAAGGCGACCAAAGUCAAAGAGUGGACCACUUGGACCUCCAGGGUCAACCUGCUACUCCAUGUAUUCACCUGCAAUUUCUAGUUUUGAAAGAGAAAAUUCCAGGAGUUUUGUCAACGAUUCACCACUUCCAAACAGAGUAAAUACCAACAACAAUUCCUCAAUUCAAUACCAAGAUGGGCUUGAAAGGUCAGUCAGUGUACAUGGUUGUUCUGACGUGUCAAAUCAGUCAUUGUUGCAGAUUACUCAAGAUGAUAAAACUAGUGGUUUAAUGGAUGCUUCUCAUGAUAUCUCAAGGAGAGAUAUGGCAACACAAAUGAGCCCUGAAAAUAUCAGAGAUGUACAGGUAGAUGGUAAAGUCACUUUGACUCGAUGGUCUAAGAAAAGUAAAACUCGAAUUCCAGGUAAGUGGUCAGACAUUCUGGAUGCCAGGUCAGCAGAUUGGGAAGCAUCAGAGAUGACAAAAAGCCUCUCAAAGGUUAAGAGGGAGGAAGCCAAAAUUACUGCAUGGGAGAAUCUACACAAGGCAAAAGCAGAAGCAGCAAUACGAAAACUAGAGAUGAAAUUGGAAAAGAAGAGAUCAUCAUCCAUGGAUAGGAUUAUGAACAAAUUAAGAACAGCUCAGAAAAAGGCUCAAGAAAUGAGAGAAUCGAUGUUAUCUAACCAGUCUUAUAAAGUUGCUAGAUCUUCACACAAAGCUAUCUCACUCAUCAAGACUCGCCAUAUACGUUCCUUGAGUGGAUGCUUUACAUGCCCUGCAUUUUGAGUUUUGAUAAACCUUUUGCAUCUGGUGUCACCCUCAUACACCGGGUAAUCUUGUGUUUUCAAUCUAAAAAUGUGUAACACUGUCGAAUAUUACUACCAAAAUGUUUUAAUAAAAAGCUGCUUGGGAAUCUUAAAAUAUAAAAAAUCCAUGUUCUUUUUAGUGAAUAACAUACCAACUAAGCAUAUGAUGUAUUGUAGUUUGAAAUCUAUGUUUGUUAUCGCUAUCUCUUGCGCACAAAUCC